GGCAACUGGUAAACAUAUAGGCUAUCGGCCGUAAAGUUUAACGUGAAGUGUACCUGUCCAGCUGCCGUUGAUGUGACCCUGACCGGGGAAUGUUGUGAUAUCCGUCGACGAUACAAUUUAUACAAACCUAUAAACUUUUCAAGAUGGGUGACGUCUCGGCAGUGCAAACACAAAUCCACAAACCUGGAAUACUACAAAAUAGCCACGACUUUGCCAACAUAUUCAAAGCAUUUAUUGGUGCUAACUAUCUUGCUGUACCCUUCGACUUUCUUCAAAGUGGACUUGUUCUAGGAGUGAUUGGCUUAGCUAUAAUUGCUGGCUUAACAGAUCAUUGCUGCCAUUUGAUUAUUAAAUGCAAGCAGGAAGCAGUCAGCCGACUCCAUACCAUUCACCAUACCCCAUCCAAAAUUGACCUUGAGGCGGAAAAUGGUGCACUAUCAAAAAGUGGAGAAGAAUUGCUUGAGCAUUUUGAGAGUACCCUGACUUAUGGUGAUAUUGGUCAGCUGUGCAUGGGAAAAGUUGGAGUCAUCUUAGUGAACAUUGGACUGUGUAUCACUCAGUUAGGCUUCUGUUCUACAUAUGUCAUUUAUCUAGCAACAACAUUUGGAUCAUUCUUUCCUAAUAAGGCAGUGUCCACACCAAAUAUGUCACUCAAUGAUUUACCGGCACAGCAGCACGAAACUCAACAAUUGUAUGAUUUAAAUGACUUCAGUAAAUCAACAGAACUGUUGUCUUUUGAAGCUUUCCAAUCUUCUAUAACAUCUGCUAUGAAUAAUAUAUCUGAAAUCAUUUCUAAUCUGAGCUCGACUGAAUUAUAUGCAGAGAAUUCCACCACUUCUACUGUAUACAAAUCAACAGCACCACCAUUUUUUGUACUCAUCUUAUUUCCACUGCCUGUGUUUAUUAUAUUUGCAUUCAUAAGAAACAUCAGAAAGCUUGGACCAGUUAGUAUGCUAGCCAAUGUGUCACUGUGUCUGGGAUUUGUUCUAAUGUUUCUCUAUCUUUUAAUUGGUGAGUAG